UCGAGGCAUGGCGCAGGUUGGUGCUUCAGAAGUCGCUGUGCCGCUCUCGUGUGGGUGAACUUCAGAGGCAGGCAGUGAGGCAGCGUUUCCAGCACUGGAGGAGGCUGCUGCAACUACACUGGCAGCACAAGAUGUUCCUCGUGCGUGUGUUUGAAGACAGGCGACAGCGGGCCAGGGAAAUACAGAAAGAAUGUGAGAAGAAUCAAGAAGAUGACUGCGGGGCAGUGGGGCUUCAUCAAAGGCAUGCUUGCAGUGGAGUGGAUGAGUUAUCUGAAGAUUUAGUACUUCAAAGAUCCCUUCUGAAAUGGAAAGGGGAAAGUUAUAAACUGCAGCUGGCCAGCUCGUUUUUCCAGGCUCGAGAAAAACACAGACUGCGGCAGAUCUUGAGUGGCUGGAAGAGAUGGGCAGAGCAGUCUUCAGAGGGCAAAGUCCAGAGGUUUGGUGCCAGACUGGAGCAGACACUGAGCAGAGCAGUGGCAUUGCCGUUCAUAGAGGAGUCCUCAAUAUCUUCAGGUUUCCAUAGCGACUCCCCUGUCUGUCUCUCCCUAGACGUGUCUUGUAGUUCUGCAGAACAGGUGGACCGGGAGGUAAGUUAUGAGCGCACAUAUUUAAAGGCUUGCACGAUCGUAUCCAGAGGAGAUGUUAUGAAAAGGGAGCCUCAGGUUGACCUGUCAGAGAGUUCCCUGGAGCAGGAGGAGUGUGAACCCCCUCUGCGGACUUCCUCUCCCCUGUACAGUCCCCAGCAUGGGAUGGAAAUAGCAGACGGGUUGCACCAGGCUGUUGACGUCUGCUCAGUUUUGCAGUCAGAACAAAACGCAAUGACUCUUUACCACAGCAGACAGCAGAGAUUAAAGUGGAUGGAGUACGUGCUGAUGCGUCGAGCAGAGAGGCUUCUGAUUGGUUCUUGCAUUCCUUAA